AUGGCCGCCAUGGACUGCGGUGCCGCCAAAAUGCCUGCGAAACCAUGCUUGCCGGCUCCUAUCCAAACGCACAUCAGGAACCAAGACUCCUAUUCGUCUUCGCUGAGCCACGAUGCGAUGGGCCUUGGCGAGCCCAUCCCGUCGCCACGCCGAUGGUCACCCACAUAUCAACCCCGAAGUAGGAGUAGGCAAUUUCCGAACUCACUUUCAUUUGUGCCACCACCCGCCAUGCCACGAUCAGAACACGAAGUGUCACCAUCGCUACCACGUUUCUCCAUGGACCGCGGCCAAGUCUCGAUCUCUCCCUUUCGUUCGGUGCGGAGAAUGAAGGAACCGUUUCAACUCAUGCUACCAUCAUCACCCGCAUCAGUCUCGUCGCCAGUAUCAGCAUCAUGCGACGGGGCACCACCAUUUGCUGCGAAAACUACGAGGCAAUCGAAGCUGCCGGCUGGUCACUCGCUGCGAACGUGGAGAUCUGACCAAAACUUGACAUCAACGAGCAUGUCUGCCUUUGGACUGCUACCGAGCCCACCUAUAUCAGACUCCCGACCUGCAAGCACCGGUCCCGAGUCAUACUUUGCAUAUCAGAAUUGCUCCAAAGCCUCUUGUGACGAAGGUCCGUAUGAACUGGAAGCGCCGGAUGUGCCAAUCCCGCAUGAAUCACAGCCGCAGCCUCUGAAAGAGGAGCCUGAAGAAGAGAGUCCACCUGUGGAGACUCAGACCGAGGACGAAAGUAAAGAACAGCUUGCCUAUCAAUCCUAUCGCCCAUGGCAAAAGCCAGUGGAACACAGAAUGACAGACGUCAAAAAUGUCCACGAAGCACACACAAACUUGAUGCGGAGGUGCGAUACGAAUGAGUCAGAAUCCACUCCAACCGAAAAGGAGAGACUACCGGUUCCCUUCACAUCACCUGCAUCUGAAAUCAAAAACCCGACCUCUGCGCCAGGAAGCUCCCCGAGACCUCAACGGCCAAGAACUGCAACUGUCUCAAGCGAAGCAAGUUGGAUACCGAGCAACUUCUCGUAUUGUAAGACAUGGCUGCAAGGUGUACCUCUUGAUCCUUUGGAGGACCAAGAAGAUGAGAAUCCCCGGGUAUCAAACCGUCGAAAAUUCCAGAUCAUUGAAAAAGAUCCUCCUAUGCCGCCAUUAGACGUGAUCCCCGGGGCUAAAGCUCUCGAUGAGCCAGUGCGAUUCGCCGUUGCGAGUAAGCCGAAGCUAGUGGAAAUUGCACGACAAUCAUCCCCGUCUGUGGCGCCUUCUCCAUCUUUGGCUCCAUCCCUUGCACCUUCUCCGGCACCGCCUCCGGUUCCCCCGCAUACUGUUCCUAUGACGCCAGAUCAAAAUCAAGAAGAAGUCUCCGCCUUCAGUCCGGACACACCUCUUGAGAACCCACCCGACAUGUCCGAUAGCGGUUACGGAACUCGUGAAUCAGGCUACUCACUGGAUAGCUUCCAGGACAGCAAGGAUGACGACUCUUACACCGAUCCGGGGUCGUUGACCUCGGAUAGUGUUACGUCGACCGUUGUUUGCGAGAGGCCGGAUUCCGCGCAGGAAGAGCGCGACACGUCGCCAAAGCCUGAAAUUCGGUCUGGCAGCGUUAGCCCACAGGCGUCACCCACAACACCUGCACAUCCUUCCCCAGGGCGGAUCUCGCAGAAAUCCGGGAAAGAUGACAUGGAGAAGCAAGGCUCCUGGCAUCAAGAGUGGACCAUCGAUGACCACGAGUGGACACUCGGCGAACUUGAGCAUUGCGUCAAGGACUUCCCUCGUCACAUGUUACGCCUUACAUCUCCUGUCAUCGUCUUCUUGCGCAAAAACGACGAAAAAGCUCUCUUACGUCCUUUCCACACUAUCUUCCCCGAAGUCACAGAGAAUCUUCUAGACUGUCUCUGUGCCGCUUUAAUUGCCCGAAACUAUCUCCUUUCUCUUUCCUCCAUUCAUCGCCGCAAACCUUCUCUAUCAACCCGCAAUGACAUCUAUGCAGUGGACGCUGUUCCCGCGAAGGCAUACAGCACACUAGGAAUACAACUCCCAACUGGAUCUCCCAGUCGAGUCAAGGACCGGUUCCUUGGCUCUCGCAGCAGCGAUCUGCGACAACAUGUCGAGAAAAUUGUCGACAAUCUUUUGUUUGCCAUUUGCGGCCGAGCUGACGACAUGCUCAAAUCUGCAGUCGAAGUCCUCGCUCAGGUUCUGGAAACCAAGGCUCAAUAA